AUGUUAUUCGAUAAAUUUGCAAGCGCUGGAACAAUUCUGUCCAUUCGUGUCUGUCGUGAUAUGAUUACUCGACGAUCACUUGGCUAUGGUUAUGUCAACUUUCGAGAAGCAGCUGAUGCUGAACUUGCACUUGAUACAAUGAACUUCGAUAUACUUUGCGGUCGCCCAUUACGCAUAAUGUGGCAGCAACGUGAUCGAGCUUUACAUAAAUCUGGUGUUAACAAUGUAUUUAUCAAAAAUUUGGAUAAAAGCAUUGAUAAUAAAUCACUUUAUGAUACAUUUUCGGCUUUUGGCAAUAUUUUAUCGUGCAAAAUCAUGACUGAUGAAAGUGGCCAACCAAAAGGUUUCGGUUUCGUUCAUUUCGAAUCUCAAGAAGCAGCCGAUAUUGCUAUUAAUAAAGUGAAUGGUAUGUUACUUGCUGAUAAAAAAGUAUUCGUUGGUCGAUUUUCCUCUCGCAAUCAACGAACUGAUCCCAGUGGACCACGUAAAUUUACAAAUAUUUUUCUAAAGAAUUUCGGUGACCAAUUAGAUGAAGAGAAAUUUCGUGAAUUGUUUUCGAAAUAUGGUAAAAUUACAAGUUUGAAGCUUGUUACUGAUGAUAGUGGUCAUUCCAAAGGUUUUGGUUUCUGCAGUUUCGAUACACCUGAAGAAGCUGAACAAGCUGUUGAAAAUUUUAAUGGUUUUACUGUAGGUGAUAAACAACUUUUUGUUGGUCGUUUUCAAAAGAAAAAUCAACGUUUAUCUCAAAUGAAACGUAAAAAAGAGGUAGAAAGACAAGAACCUAUGAACAAAUAUCAAGGUGUUAAUUUAUAUAUAAAGAAUUUGGAUGAUACUAUUGAUAAUGAAUGUUCAAGGAAAGAAUUCUCAAAAUUUGGAAUGAUUACCAGUGC